AUGUGUUUUCUGACCAAGCAUCCAGCUCUUGGGGUGGUAUGUUCUGCUUUCAUAUUCAGCGUGCUCCUUGCUGAAGGACAGCCUGGGGAAAAGCAUGGGCAGGAUGGCAGCUAUGCUCCCAGCCGAGGCUAUCUGAUGGAAGUUUUACGCGUUCUUUCAGCUGACAACACUGAGCUCCACAUGAACCAUUCACGAGAACUGGUCAAAAUGUUACUGGAGAGAGCUGAGUGCCCACAGCGGAUUUAUGGCAUGCAAGAGGAUUGUAACCUGUGCCUUGAACCAGAUGCUUUGUUACUAAUAGCUGGUGGAGAUUUAGAAGACCAUCUCAGUGACGAAGUAUUUCAGAGAAUUUCUCUUAUUCUUCUCUACUACAUUCUUCAUCAUAGAGAUGUAUGUUCUUCAGAACUCAGCUUGAAUAAUAAGGAUUAUAAAUUUUACCUGCAGAGUAUGCUUAGUCUAAGACAUGAUGAAGACUGUUAUUAUUUUUCACGGAAUGAAACUGAAGAUAUUUUGGCUGCAGUAAGACAACAUUUUAAAACUUCUGAAACCCAGUGUGUUGAUGUGAGUACUCUGGAGAAAAAUGCUGAUAUAAUGGACAGAGAUGGUGCUGAUGAAAACACUCUUCCACGCCUGGCUGCUUUAAUCAUUACUCUGGCUCUCCAAGGAGUCUGUAUGGGGAAAGCAACUUUGCCCUCCCCUGAAUUCUUUGUAAAAUAUAUUUUCAAUUCUCUAAACAGUACCACUGAGCUCCAAGUGACAGAACUGGAACAACUGCUAAAGGUGCUUACAGCAAAAAAGACCUGCACUGUAAAUGGACAAUUCCACAGUCACAAAAGAAGACAUUAUAGUAUGGGAAUCAGAGAUAUUGGAACCAGAAAUAUUCCAGUCAAAGGAAACCAUACAAAAGGACACUAUCUGAAAGGUUAUUUUGAAGAUCGUGAAGGGAACACAGAUUGGGACCAGGUUUGUUUCUCUGCCAAUGAACUUGUGAAGAUAUUUUUAAAAAAUAGUUCUUCCUCCAUUUCUAAGGACCACUUCAAGCAAAUCAGUCCAGCUAUCAUUCAGCAGCUAUUAAGUUGUUCAUGUCAGCUUCCUGACUCCAAGCAGACAAAGCUUCCACCAACAACUUUGGAAAAAUAUGGUUACAGCACUGUUGCUGUUUUACUUAUUACUAUUGGAUCUAUGUUUGGUACAACCCUCAUUUUAUUUAACUCCUGUCAAGAAAUCUAUACACUCGUUUUACAGCUGUUUGUUGGUUUGGCUGUUGGGACCCUUUCUGGAGAUGCAUUGUUACACCUUAUUCCUCAGACUCUUGGUUUACAUAAACAUGAAGCACAAGAGGUAGAACAUUUCUAUGAGGGGAAAGAAUAUAUUUGGAAACUUUUGGGAAUAAUUGGAGGAAUUCAUGGAUUUUUUCUGAUAGAAAAGUGUUUCUUUCUUUGGGUAACACCACGUGACCAGCAGGGCCUUUCUUUAGUUAAUGGGCACUGGGGACAUUCCCAUGAUCUUCCAGUGGAAUCUGAAUUAAAUGAACAUUCAGGCAGAGGCAAAUCUACUUCAACCAUACAGUUGAGAAGCCCAGAAGAUUUUGAGUCUGCUGAAGUUCCUCCAGAGAGUAAGGCGAUCAGCAAAAAAAGUAAGAAAAUCAGCUUGUUAGCAAUAAUGGUUCUGGUGGGUGACAGUCUUCACAAUUUUGCUGAUGGCUUGGUAAUAGGAGCAGCAUUCUCAUCCUCAACUGAAACAGGUGUGACAACGACUAUUGCUAUUUUAUGCCAUGAAAUUCCUCAUGAAAUGGGAGAUUUUGCUGUACUGCUAAGUACAGGGCUCCCCACGAAGAUUGCAAUUUUGAUGAAUUUUAUAAGUGCACUAACGGCAUUCUUAGGACUUUAUAUUGGCCUUUCUGUAUCAGCUGACCCAUGCAUUCAAAACUGGAUUUUUACUGUUACAGCUGGAAUGUUCUUGUAUUUAUCUUUAGCAGAAAUGCUUCCUGAAAUGACUCAUAUUCAGACACGGCGACCCUGGUUGAUGUUUCUCCUACAGAACCUUGGAUUACUAUUAGGCUGGCUUUGCCUCUUACUUUUGGCUAUAUAUGAACAGAAAAUUAAAAUAUAA